AUGGGGGACUUCGGUGUUGGUGGAACUGGAGCUGGUGCAGACGGCAAAGGUGGUGAUCGAGUUGAUGCAGCGGAAGGCCUUAUUAUUGAAGGGGGCCUUGGUGUGGGGGCAGUGGGUACGGAUGGCCGUGGUGGUGAAGUUAGAGGAGGUGCAACGGAGGGCCUUAUUGGUGCAGGGGCAGUGGGUACAGAUAGCCGGGGUGGUGAAGCUAGAGGAGGUGCAACUGCGGGCCUUAUUGGUGGUGCAAUAGAGGGCCUUGGUGGUGCGGGGGCAGUAGUUGGUGCUGGAGCUGCAACUGGCACCGCUGGGCGAGGUGCAGGUGGUGGAACAGUGGGGCUUAUUGGAGCUGCAGCUGGCACCGGUGGGCGAGGUGCUGGUGGUGCAACAGUGGGUCUUAUUGGAGCUACAGCUGGAACCGAUGGGCGAGGUGCGGGUGGUGCAACAGUUGGGAUUGUUGGAGCUGCAGCUGGCACCGGUGGGCGAGGUGCAGGUGGUGCAACAGUUGGGAUUGUUGGGGCUGCAGCUGGCACCGGUGGGCGAGGUGCGGGUGGUGGAACAGUCGGGCUUACUGGAGCUGCAGUUGAUACCGGUGAGCGAGGUGCAGAAGGGGUUAUUGGAGCUGCAGUAGAGGGCCUUGGUGGUGCGGGAGGAGUAGUUGGUGCUGGUGCUGGUGCUGCAACUGGGGAAGAUGGUUGCGGAGUAGGAGCAGGAGAAGGAGAGCGCGGUGGUGGCGGCUGUUGGGGUGGUGGUGGAGGGGGUGGCUGCUGA